AUGUCUGCCGCGACGGGGCCGGGGAGGAUAUUUCCCUUGGCCACCUUCAUUUCCGACCUGCCGCACCAUCUCCUCCCCCGGCGGACCGACCUGCCGCCUCGGGUGGGGUCCUCCUCGACGGCGACGCAUCGGCUCCUCAUCGUCGGUGACGUCCAUGGCAUGAAAAGGUCGCUCGUCGCGCUGCUCGACAAGGCUGGCUUCGACAGGUCCAAGGGCGACCAUCUCGUGCUGGUCGGUGACGUCGUGAACAAGGGCCCCGACAGCGCCGCCGUCGUCGACCUCGCCAUCAAGCUGGGUGCGAGCGCCGUCAGGGGCAACCACGACGACGCCGUCCUCCGCGCCGCCGCCGAGCUCAAGGCCGGGAGCGAUACCGUGAGUCACGGCGAAGAGACGCGGAAGACGGCGGCCGCGCUCUCGACCUCGCAGCUCGAUUGGCUCGCCUCCCUGCCGCUGAUGUUGCGCAUCCAGCUGCCGCCGCGACCACGAUGCUCCCUCGGCAACGUCGUCGUCGUUCACGCAGGUCUCGUGCCCGGCACUCCGCUCGAGGAGCAGGACGCGUACGCCGUCAUGCACAUGCGCAGUCUCGUCGUCCUCAACGACACCCUAUCGCCCGAUGAAGCCGCUGGGGAGGAGGGCUGGGCCGUCGAGUGGGAUCGUCGACAGCACGAGCUCGCGUCGGCGUCCCGCGAGGACGAGACGAUGACCGUCAUCUUUGGUCACGACGCGAAGCGCAGCCUACAGAUGGGCAGGUACGCCAUCGGCUUGGACUCGGCCUGUGUCUACGGCCAUCGCCUGACCGGUUUGCUGCUCGAGCCGACGGAGUCGGGGCUUGAGCAUCGCAUCGUCCAGGUCGAAGCCGCCGACGAACAACCGCCGCCGCCGUCGCCUACCGUCGCCUCGGUGUAA